AUGCAACCAUUCACUCCCAUUCUCGCGUUCGUCCUUCUCUUUGCAUCAAUAUCAAACACUGUUCCGCAACUCCUACAACCCAGCGACUCCACCGUCCCUUCAUAUCCCACCCCAACCCAAACCCAAAUCUGUCGCCUCGACCUCUCCAACGAACUCUUCGGCGGAGUCAACACCGCCUGCUCCAACACCCUCGACCGAAGCCGCUGCUGUCCCGUCCUCGCCGCAUGGCUCUUCGCGGCUCACGCGCGAACGGCUCUCCAAGUCUCCGCUGAGGCGCCGCCAGCCUCCGCCGACCUUCCCAUGAUGCCGGACGAUUCGCAGAAGUGCGUGAACUCGCUCCUUGACUCGCUUCGGAAUCGGAGCAUUCGAAUCCCGCAGCCGAACGCGAGCUGCGACGCCAUACUCUGUUUCUGCGGCAUCAGGCUCCACCAAUUAAGCUCCCUCAGUUGCCCUAACGCGUUUAACGACACCGCGUUUCGAAACGCUUCUGGCGCUCACAACGCUACCCCUACCGCUGCUGUUCGAAACUUGGAGAAGAAUUGCCGUAACGCUUCUUAUGCUGGUUGCACCCAAUGCCUUGGCGCCCUACAAAAGAUAAAAGGGCACAAGAAGGAGGAUGAGAGUGACAGGGCUAGGAAGAUAUUCAACCGGGACUGCCAGCUAAUGGCGCUGACGUGGCUUUUAGGAAGGAACAAAACGGCGUACAUACCAACCGUUUCGGCGGUGUUGCGAGCAGUAAUGUACAGUGCUCAUCCUCACGAAUCGAAGUGUAGUCCGGAUCAGGAGAACAUGCCCUUGGCCGUUAAUUCGCUGCAGUUCGAGAAGAGCCUUAGCCAGGCUUCAUCUUCGCCGUUGACGUUGUUUUGGACUGCGCUUGUGAUCAUUCUGAUUCUUUAUGCUUCUAAGUGA